UCCUAGAUAUAUUUCAUUUGGAAGAUCACAAAGGAGGAUCUUUUAAAAGAAGGGAAAUGACUACAUAAAGACGUGUUUAACGCAGGACAGUGAGUUUACACAGUGAUAUUCAUCUUUUGUUCUGCUAACUGUUAAGCAUUUCUGUUCCUGGAAUCACACCCCAGUCCCUGGUUCCUGUGAAUAUGAAAUGCUGAAUCAAGCUGGGGAGGUCAAAACAUUUCUUAUAUUGAAGGUGUUGUAAACUUUUGUUACGUUAGAAGAGCAAAACUUCCAGAGUUCUUGAGAGAUGGCUUUGGAGACAUGUGGAAGCUGUUUGAGUUGCCUGCUGGUACCUCUUGCACUUUGGAGUAUUGUUGUGAACAUCCUCCUGUACUUUCCAAACGGGAAAGCUCCGCAUCCUGCUGGUUACCAGCUCCCCAACCAUGAGUGGUAUUUUGAAGGCAUCUGUUUCUCAGGUGUGAUGAUCCUUCUUUUGGCAGCAAUUCUAAUAACACUGGAGUGCAGUGCGUUCCAUCGGUGCUGCCAGAGUGAGAGCUGUAACAAAACCUACAGGAGUUUUAUUUCUAUUGUGCUAGCCCUGCUUGGAAUUGCUUUCUCGGGAUACAGUUGCAUCAUUUCUACCCUGCAUUUGAUUCAAGGCCCUUUCUGCAAUUCAUCAAGUGGAUGGAAUUAUAUCUUCAAAGACACUGCUGGGGGGUACCUCACAGAUUACCCUGCCUGGACUAAGUGCACAGAACCUGCUAACAUAGUGGAGUGGAAUAUUAUUUUACUCUCGAUUUUGAUAGCACUCAGUGGAUUGCAGUUGAUCAUCUGCAUUCUCAAAGUAGCCGCUGAGUUGAAACGAACACUCUGUGGGACCUAUUCUGUUUUUGUGCAGGCUGGGAUUCUCUGAAAAUGGCAAGGAAAUUGUUGCUGCUUCUCCCCCAUCCCCAGAAAAAGAGAGAAAUGGCCUCUCCAUAAUCCAUAUUGGUAGAUCUGAGUGCUACAGAAAAAAAAGAUACCCUUGUCUUAAAUCUCUGCCCGUCAAACUUCUCUGUUUUGGAUGAAGUAUAUUUGAACUGUUUGGCAUCUACAUUUUUCUUCACCUGUCCUGUUGCGCCUGGCAGGGACACUUUAUUUUUUUACCCUCCAACUUGUUGUGACAGUAGGGAUAUUUUAAUAUAAUGGAACUGCUUUUGUAUUGAAAUCACCUUAUUGUUUUUUCUUAAUAAGCUGCUGUAGAACUGCUUUUGUACUCCCUUGUCAUUGCUCAGACCAUAUGAGUAUUUGCUGUUUCAAAAGGGCCUGGUGCAAAGCCUAGUACAUCAAGAGGGGUUGUUAGUGCACUGAGUGAAGCCAUGAUUUCUAGAUGAAUGAAUUUUAGUUACAGACAGACCAUGAUGGCAGUCAUGGGAGGAGGUGGGCAGAACAUACCCUCCUCCUUCCGUCUUAGAAGUUCAUAACUGCAAAAAGCAAUUACUGAAAAAAGUCUACCAAGUCUUUCUGUGGUAAAAAAGGCACCUGGGCCUGAUUGACAUAUUAGGCACACAGGUCUGAACACAGCUGUGCUAAUUGGUACAUAUUAAUAGCUGCACUGGGUUUCUUUUCACUUUACACUUGGAGGCAAUUUUUUUUCUUUUAGUCAAGUAUGGUGUGACUUGAGGGAACAUAUGAGGGAACCUUGUGAGCCCCCAGUGCUAACUUAUUAAUAUUCUUCCAAGUAUCCUGACCUUGCUACAAUGAAAGGCUAACACGCUUUACAAUAAUGAUCCAAUGGAAAAGAAUAAUCUGUUUUAAAUUAGCAGCUAAAAGCUAUUUAUACUUUCUCAGAGAACUAUUUUUUCAUUCUCAGUGAAAAUUCAGGGAUUCACAAUGAAGUGGACACCUGGCUCAUUUGCAGUUGCAUGGGCAGCAUUUGGCUGUAUUUAGCACUCAUGUUUGGUUUGGGGUUUUUUUUUAAUUUUUCCUUCUGAACACUAAGAGGAAAGAGAAAUAUGUACUUCAGACUUGCAGUAAUGCAGGUAUGCCUAUUACAUCAGAACUAGUGCAACUCAGGUACAUUGUCAUCAAAUACUAAACUCUGUUAGAAAUGCAAACCAUACAAUAAGUGUACAAUAAGCUUGUGUACAAUAAGCUUAAUUACAAUAAGCUUUGGGUAAAUUAUUUUGAAAAAGUUAGAAUAUAUCAGUCAUUUCGUUCUGUUUCAAGAAAAUAUUGAGUUUUUGCCUUCAUAUUCCUUUGUCAGGUGGUUCUGAAUAGCUGAUUUCUUCCUGUAAGAUUUCAAGAAUGCAUCUAAAAUUUUAAUUACUUAGUUUCUUUUAAGUUGCAAGAAGUACAAAGUAAUUAAUAAUAUUUUAGAAUGAGGCUAGUCUUUGGGAGAUGGUUCAAAGUGGCAUGGGAUAUCGGGGUGCAUGAUAAAAUGAGGACUGUGUCAUUGCACACUUGUUUUUCUCUAGGCUUAAAUAUGUGACAUAUAAUUUAUCUUAACUUAUAAUUCUGCAUUUUUAUGGAUUUGUGGAUUUUUUUUGUAGAAUGAAGAAAAAGAAAGAAAACUUAAAAAUCAAUCUGUGCUCCUACCAAACAUCUCAGGGAAUCUUGCUGAUUUCUUGCCUACAAACUCUGGAUCUGUCUUUAUCAUUUUUUAUGUGAUUGUGCCUGGUGAAUUUACAUUUCCAUUACAUCUCUAAUUUUGUAAUUUGCAUUACAUCUCUUAAUUUUGGGGCUUGAAUUAAAUAAAGAGACAUGUAAUGUA